CUCACCACUAGGGAGCGCGCAUGGCGAGCACAGGAACAGCUAGCAACCCAUGGCUGACACGGAAGAGGAAAACCUUCAGAGUCAAAUUGAUGAGAUUGAAGCCUUGUCGUCCAUAUAUGGAGAUGAUUGGUGUGUAAUCGAUGAAGCUGCACGAAUAUUUUGCAUUAAAGUAUCUGAUUCUACAGAUGACCCCAAAUGGAUCAUUUGCUUGCAGGUUAUAUUGCCCCCGGAGUAUCCUAUUUCUGCACCUCCUCUUUAUCAGUUAAAUGCUCCAUGGCUAAGAGGUCAAGAUCGUACCAUCUUAUCAGAUAGUCUGGAAGAACUCUAUUUGCAAAAUAUUGGGGAGAACAUCCUUUAUCUAUGGGUAGAGAAGGUUAGAGAAUUCCUGGUGGAAAAGUCUCAGACAUCUGACGCAGCUGAUCAAGGUACUAGUUUAAAGUCCACAACUGAGGAAAACUAUGUUGAUGACGACCAUGAAAUCCUACUUGGUGCUGAGUUAUCGUAUGACUUGUUCCAGAAUUCAAUAGUUUCUGGAUACAUGAACGAUUCGGAAGCAACUAAAGAAGACAUACCUACAAUAGAACACGGGGAGCCCAUUAGUGAUCGAAGGAGUACUUUUCAGGCACACUUGGCUCAUGUGGUCAACCCAUUGCAGGUUAAAGCAGUGCUGAAUAAAUUGUAUGAGAAUAAAAAGAUUGCUGCUGCCGCUCACAACAUUUAUGCAUAUAGGAUACACUCUAAGAAAACAAAUACAUUUAUACAAGACUGUGAAGAUGAUGGAGAAACCGCAGCAGGAAAAAGACUUCUUCAUCUUAUGCAGAUCUUGGAUGCCCGUGAUGUCAUGGUAGUGGUAUCACGCUGGUAUGGAGGUAUCCUUCUUGGACCUGAUCGAUUCAAACAUAUCAACAACUGUGCUAGAAACAUUCUGGUGGAGCACAACUACACUAAUACUAUGGAAGAAUCGGCUAGACAUCCUGGAAAGAACAAACACACAGCAAAAGAAAAUAAGAAGAGACCUGACAAAUAAUGUAUAAAAUGGACUAGAUAAUAAUGUCAAAGUAUAAAUUGAGCACAUUUGUCUAUUUCUGUGAUGCCUGUUAUGCUUAAACAUUUAUUUUAUAUAUACAUAUAUAUUGUUAAAGAAUUGUCCAGUCCUAUUCUCCUAGGGACAUAUUCGCCUGAAUGAUCAUGCAUCAUGACAUCAGAACUUAAGGGAUCACCACUGUGAUGGCAACAUGAUAUUAAAAUGACUACCUGGAA